AUGAUGGAAACUUCUAGAGGAAAACCAAUACUUGAACACCAAGGCUAUAUAUAUAUUAUUAAUAAAAAAUCAAAUAACAACAAAAUAAUAUGGUGCUGUCGUAAUUAUCGUCAUAAUCAAUGUCGCGGUCGACUUCAUACAAUUGAUGAUCAAGUGGUACUUACAGUUGGUGAACAUAACCAUGAACCAUCUCAUUUACCAGGUGAAGUAAUUGCAUCACGUACAAAAAUGAAUGAUGCAGCUAACCAAACUGGCUAA